AUGUUCACCCACUUCUCCGCGCGCCACAUCCCCGCCCUAAUCGCCGGCACCUCCAUGACAUUCGGCGGCCUAUGGCCCAUAUUCAACGCCCGCGCCUCCCUGUCCGGGUUCGGCCUGCCGCCGCGCAUCGCCGACGUGCCUGCCACCCGGCCUGUCGCGGUGAUAGGUCAGUGGGACGUUGUGGAUGUUAUUAUGGCGGUUACGGGUAGCUAUGCGGGGCUGGUUGAUGGGUAUGUUGUUUGGAGGGAGGGUGGCGGCGUUGGGAAGGUGUGGAUGAGGGUAGUUGGGUCGGGGGUCGUUGCUGCGAGCGGGUUUUGGGGGUUGACUGUUGGUGGUGCUUGA